ACAGAUGUUCUCUGCUGUGUGGUCUUCGUCCUGGCCAUCCUUGGCUACAUUCUUUUAGGACUUAUGGCCUGGGUAUAUGGCGACCCCCGGAGAAUGGCCUAUCCUACAGACAGCCAGGGCCACUUCUGUGGCCAGAAAGGCACCCCUAACGAGAACAAGAGUAUUUUGUUUUACUUCAACAUUCUAAGCUGUACCAAUCCUUCCGUGAUGAUUACCCUGCAGUGCCCUACCACACAGAUCUGUGUCUCCAAGUGCCCAGAUAAAUUUUUAACCUAUGUGAAGAUGCAAAUUUUGUACAAGAGAGACAAACGCUUCUGGGAAGAUUACAGUCCAUUCUGCAAGGCUGGUGCUAAGCCUGUGAAGAGUCUCCCACAAGUCAUCCUGGAUGAUGAUUGUCCAGCAGCUGUUUACCCAAGCAAACCUUUUCUCCAGAGAUGCUUACCCGACUUCUCUUUUACAAAUGGCAGCUUAACAAUAGGAGAUCACGUGCUGUUUGAAGAUGGAAAUGGAAGGAUGAGAAAUGUCACGGAACUCAAGGACGCUGUGAAACAAAUAAAUGAAAUCCUUAAUGCAAGGAAACUUGGGUUGAAAGUGUUUCAAGAUUAUUCACUGACUUGGUAUUGGAUUCUCACUGGCCUGGUUAUCGCCAUGUUCCUUAGUUGGAUAAUUGUGAUACUCAUGAGGUACAUAGUUGGACUCCUCUUCUGGAUUUUCGCGAUUGGUGUGCUUGGAAUUAUAGGAUAUGGAAUAUGGCAUUGUUAUAACGAAUACGACACUCUUCGGAAAAAUCCAAAUGCUCCACAAACUUUAUAUGACAUCGGGAUUCAGACUGAUAUAACAUUGUACUUUCGGCUGAAACAAAUAUGGUUCGCGUUUAUGAUAAUGCUCUCCAUCCUGGAAGCAAUCGUCGUCAUCUUGAUGAUCUUCCUCCGGAAGCGAAUCCGUGUCGCCAUUUUCCUGCUGCAGGAAGGGAGCAAAGCCAUCAGAUACAUCCCUAGCACGUUGUUUUAUCCACUCUUAACUUUCACUCUGCUCUCAAUCUGCAUUUCCUACUGGGUGGUGACAGCAGUUUUCCUGGCCACAUCAGGGAUACCCGUGUACAAAGUCAUAGACCCUGAGGGGCACUGUGAACAUGAAAAUGAAACCUGUAACCCAGAGAUUUUUAAGACAUCUGCCAUUGCCAAAGCCUGCCCUGGGGCUCUGUGUAACUUUGUAUCCUAUGGUGGACAGACUUUGUACGAGCAAUACAUCCCCACCUUCCAUGCAUACAACCUAUUUGUCCUUCUCUGGCUUAUAAACUUUGUCAUUGCACUGGGUCAGUGUUCCCUUGCUGGUGCCUUCGCCACUUACUACUGGGCCAUGAACAAACCCAAGGACAUCCCACCUCAUCCGCUUUUUACUGCAUUUGGACGAGCCAUACGGUAUCACACAGGAUCCCUAGCAUUUGGUUCUUUAAUUCUUGCAACAAUUCAAAUAUUUAAAAUGUUCCUAGAAUAUUUGGACCGCCGUCUUAAACAUGUUCACAACAAGUUUUUAAAAUUGCUACAACACUGCCUGAAAUGCUGUUUCUGGUGUUUGGAUAAAGUAAUAAAAUUUUUAAACAGAAACGCCUAUAUUAUGAUUGCAGUAUAUGGCAAAAACUUCUGUAGGUCAACAAGAGAUGCUUUCAAUCUGCUGAUGAGAAACAUUUUAAAAGUUGCAGUCACGGAUGAAGUUACAUUCUUUGUACUCUUCCUGGGGAAGAUUCUAGUUGCUGGGAGUAUAGGUGUUCUGGGCUUCCUGUUCUUCACACAGAGAAUGGCAAUGAUUGUAGAGGCACCAAGAUCUUUAAAUUACUACUGGGUACCUUUGCUGACUGUCGUUUUGGGAUCUUACCUGAUCGCACAUGGGUUCUUCAGCGUCUAUGCAAUGUGUGUUGAGACCAUCUUUCUCUGCUUCUGUGAAGAUCUGGAAAGAAACGACGGAUCUACAGAAAAACCCUACUUCGUAGCCCCUAAACUCCAUGAAAUUCUCAUCAAGAAGGAACUAGUUCCCCAGAAGCAGAAAAGAGUAGAAAAAGCUCCCAACAGUCUCGCUCACUUUUAA